UACAAGAAUUUGCUUGCUAUCUCGUCGCUCCUGUCGCUGGCGACUGCUGCUCCUAAGGGCUUUCUUUCCAAGCGCAUUGAGCAGGAUGAAAUCACCUGGGGCCCUUUGAUUGGACUUGGUCCUACUACCGACGGCAUCGAGAUUACAGGCGUUGUCGCUACAAUCUAUCCAGGCAAUAUGCCCAAGAUGCAAGCCGGCGGCCUUUACAACUGGAUCGGAAUCAACAACGAAACCGAGUCAGGCGAUCUUGUACAAGGUAUUGUCGGCUCAUAUAGCCGUGGNUGUAUCUCAGCAGAAGUUUACGGAUGGGACACCAAACUGGACAAGUGGAACCAAUACGUCGGCGAAGAGCGCAUGCUAGCCGCAACUCCCGAGGACGGGAUCACCUUCAACUACACCCUGAUAGAUCAGCAAACCGGACUAUGGUACCAAACUGCUCGCAACGCACGUACUGGCGCGCUCUACGCCGAGUACCAGAAGACAUCACCGACCAUGACAAUGGUCAACACUGCAGUGGAGUGCCAGUCGUGUACACCUCCAACCGAUGUCCAAUACUGGAAGAACAUCACCAUCAAACUUUCAGGGGCCGACAAGAACUUUGGCAGCACCCUCUACCAGUCCAACAAUGCCACAAACACAAAGCCUUUCACCAACGACAAUGGCAAGAUCUGGAAGAUCCAAAAUGUCACCAUUCCUGUCGUCCCUCCGCUUGCCGAUGUUAUCGGAUGA